CAUUUGUGGCGGCAGCGGAUAGUAGUGCUUGAAUUCUCCCUUAUUUUACUAUUCCGUGUUUCCUUAUUUAUUCCAUUGUAUCGUAGCGUUUCAAAUAAAAUCACCAUGUCGUGGCUAUUCGGGUAUAGCCGGCCACAGGUACCACCUUCAGAAGAUCCACCGUCAAAUGAUGGUGACUCCGGUGCCGCACCACCUGCUAGUGCUAAUCUUACCAAAGCUGAGAAAAGAGCCAUGGAAGCAUACAGAUUCGACUCCAGCGCUCUUGAACGCGCCGCUCAAGCUGCGAAGGAACUUGAACGAUCAAAACAUGCCAAAGAGGCCUUGGAAAUCAGCAAGAUGCAGGAGGUUACACGCCAGCAUGAGCAGAUGGCUAAAAUCAAGGAGUACGAAGUAUCUAUUGAACAGUCUAAAGUGCAGCAGAAGAAAAUUGAUCAUGAGGAAAGGCGGAAAACACUCCAGGAAGAGACAAAACAGCACCAGAUGAGGGCCCAGUACCAAGAUCAACUGGCGAAGAAGAGAUACGAAGAACAAUUGGUGCAGCAGCAGAAAUCACAGGAAGAAAUAUUAAAAAAACAAGAAGAGAGUGUAGCGAAACAGGAGGCGCUACGUCGUGCCACCAUCGAGCAUGAGAUGGAGCUUCGGGAGAAGAACAAACUGAAGGCGAUCGAGGCGGAGGCCCGCGCAAAGGCGAAGGCCGACCGCGAGAAUAGGGACAUCACUCUCGAACAAAUACGUCUGAAGGCUGCGGAGAAUAGGGCAACCAUUUUGGAGAGUAUCAAGACUGCGGGUUCUGUGAUUGGCACAGGUCUGAAUGCUCUGGUGACGGAUUGGGAUAAAACUUUAGCAGCGGCUGGUGGAUUAUCACUGCUUGCACUUGGAGUAUAUACAGCGAAAGGCGCGACCUCUGUCACCGCUAGGUUCAUUGAAGCAAGGAUAGGUAAACCGUCGUUGAUUAACGAAACAUCUAGAUUUUCACUGCUCGAAGCUAUAAAGCAUCCAAUACUGACGAUGUCUAAAGCUGUGAACAGAUUUAGAAAACCAACGGAUGCUUUAGCUGGAGUUGUGUUAGAACCUAGCUUGGAACGCAGACUGAGAGAUAUAGCGAUUGCAACCAAAAAUACCCGAUUAAACAAAGGAUAUUAUAGAAAUCUACUCAUGUAUGGGCCACCAGGAACGGGGAAAACAUUAUUCUCAAAGAAAUUAGCGAAACAUUCAGAAAUGGACUAUGCUAUUCUAACGGGCGGUGACGUUGCACCAAUGGGCAAGGGCGCAGUCGCCGCUAUACAUAAAGUAUUCGACUGGGCUAAUACUAGUAGAAAAGGUGUCCUACUGUUUAUUGAUGAGGCGGACGCGUUUCUUCGUAAGCGUUCAUCGGAACGGAUCAGUGAGGACCUAAGGGCAGCUUUAAAUGCCUUCCUUUACCGUACAUCAGAUCAGAGCAGUAGAAUUAUGCUUGUACUGGCUUCCAAUACUCCGCAGCAAUUUGACUCUGCUAUAAAUGACCGAUUGGACAAAAUGAUUGAAUUCGGUCUGCCAGGGUAUGAGGAAAGGGAGAGACUGAUCCGUCUCUACUUUGACAAGUUUGUGCUGCAACCAGCUUCGGAAGGGAAAAGGUUAGUGUUUUUUUUUAGUUAGUGGUGUAACUGCAUA